ACCUAUGGCCAUGGGCCUAAACAAGAUUUCUUUUUGGAAGUUUCCAGGUAGUAAUCAAACUCUCACGCACGCACACUCAUGACUCACCAAUAUAAAAGAGGAAAGCUAAAAUAUCCCUUCAAAUCUCUCACUCAACCCCCCUAAACCAAAAAAAAAAAAAAAAUAUUUUUCAAGAUUUCUUCAAGCCAAUAUAACUAAGAAGCAUUUAAUCCACUCGUCAAGAAUGUCAAAUUGGUGCUACAUGUGAAGUAUGAUAUGGCUAAACACUAUUUGAAUCGCUUGUUUAUUGAGUUUAUGAAUUGGGUGUUGAUCCAAGAAGAUGCUCACCAAUUAAAAACCCUUUCUUUACACUUCACACCCUUGAAACACACACACAGAAGUUUUCUCCAAGAAAACUCUUCCAAACUUGAUGAUUGUUGUAGCAUUUCAUAUCUACUAACAUGCGCCGGAUCAAACCCCUCAUCAAACAAAACCUUUCUCCUUUUUCUUCUCCUCCCAGUAACCAUAAACCUCACUCAUCUAUAAUCUUCGCUAGAAACAGUGUGAUUGUAUUGGGAGUUGUGUUCGUCGUCUGUUGUUUACUUCACUUUCUUGCAAGAUACCUCAUGAAGAAGAAAAGAUCAUCAUCAUCUUCUUCAUCUUCAAACUCUCAUCAUCAAUCUUCAAGAUUUCAAGAAAGUAACGAUAACGAUGAUGUCGCCUACGAGAGGCAACUACAACAGCUCUUCCAUUUACAUGAUUCCGGUUUAGAUCAAGCUUUCAUUGACGCUCUCCCAUUGUUUCUUUACAAAGAACUAAUGGGGUCAAAAGAACCCUUCGAUUGUGCGGUUUGUCUUUGUGAAUUCUCAGAACAAGAUAAGCUAAGGUUGCUACCUUUAUGCAGCCAUGCUUUUCACAUUCAUUGUAUCGACACUUGGUUGCUUUCAAAUUCGAGUUGUCCUUUAUGCAGAGGCACACUUUUUACUCCUGGAUUUUCGGUUGAAAAUCCAGUCUUCGACUUCCAUGAUGAUUCAAGGGAAGAAGAUGAUCAUGUGUUAGGGGUAUCUUGUAAUUUUAAGCAAUCUGGAGGGGGGAAUGAAAAGUUGGUGUAUCCGGUUAGACUUGGCAAGUUUAGAGCCACAAAUGGUGAGAAAAGAGAUGAGAAAGAAGUGGGGGAGACUAGUAACAGUAAUCUUGAUGCAAGAAGGUGCUUUUCAAUGGGAUCUUAUGAGUAUGUGGUGGGAAACUCGGAGUUACAGGUGAGAUUUUGCCCUGGUAGGGGUAAUAUUGGAAAAAAAUAUUUGGGUAUUGAGAAAGAUAAGGGGAAUAGCUCAGUUGAGGGGGGUAGUGAUGGAAAGAAAAUUAGUAGUAGAAGCAAAGGUGAAAGCUUUUCUGUAUCCAAGAUUUGGCUUUGGUCAAAGAAAGAUCAACAUAAAUUUCAAGACUCUUUAGUACCCAUAUGAUUAGUUCUUGAAAAUGUAAGGUUACCAUCAAGAAAGUUGAAUCCUAGUAAUUUUCAUGGUUAGUUUAGUUCAUUGUUUAUGGUAAAGUAACUUGUACAUCAUGUUGAGGGAGUUGUACGAUUGUUUGAAUGUGGAAGUUUGGGCCAAGUAAUCAUCAAGUAUUGAUGAUUUUUUUAUUA